CAUACGUCUCUCUCUCUCUCUCUCUCUCUCUCUCUCUCUCUCUCUCCAAUACAUGUCCGGAAUCUCUUGAAACAGAGAGAUUUCAGAGAGAAGUCCUCCCUUCAAAGACCCAUUUGUCCAAAACCUCUGAACCAGAGAUACUCGGUGUGAUUUCUUCUGUUUCGAUCGGAGAAGAGAAAAAUCCAAAAACCCAAUUCCCAGAAAACUUUCAAAACGUAGAUUUUCACGUAUUUUUCAUCUCUUUUACCGAAGAAGAGUAGAAUUAUACACAAGCUUCUAGAAGAUGGAGGGGUUCGAGAAGGCAUGGGGUUCAGGACGUCGAGCGAGCAGGAAUCUCAGCAGGAGCAUAAGCAGGAACAUGAGCAAGAGCAACUGGGGCAUGGAGGACGUGUUCGUGCGGUCCAGUCGAUCGCGGAGGAGCGGAAGGGGCAUCGACGAUGAUGAGGAAGCUCUCAGAUGGGCCGCGUUGGAGAAAUUGCCGACGUACGAACGGUUGCGGACGAGUGUAUUGAAAUCUUACGUGGAAAGCGACAACCAGGCGAAUAGGUUACUGAGUAGGGAGGUGGACGUCCGGAAGCUGAAUAUUGAUGAACGGCAGGAAUUCAUCGAAAGGUUAUUCAAGGUGACAGAGGAAGAUAAUGAGAGGUUCUUGAAGAAAUUCAGGAAUAGAAUCGACAAGGUUGGGAUCCAUCUUCCAACAGUAGAAGUUAGGUUCCAGCAUCUGACCAUUGAAGCAAAUUGCUACAUUGGGAGUAGAGCUCUUCCAACUCUCUUAAACGCAGCCAGAAACCUUGCAGAAUCAGCCCUAGCCGUGGUGGGGAUCAGGUUGGCAAAGAGAACAACACUCACCAUCCUCAAAGAUGGCUCUGGGAUUAUCAAACCAUCAAGGAUGACGCUUUUGUUAGGCCCUCCAUCAUCGGGGAAGACGACCCUGUUGUUGGCACUAGCAGGAAAGCUCGACCGUGAGUUGAAGGUCCAAGGAGAAAUCACAUACAACGGUCACCGGCUCGACGAGUUCGUCCCCCAGAAGACCUCUGCAUACAUUAGCCAGAAUGAUGUUCAUAUGGGAGAAAUGACUGUUAAGGAAACCCUAGAUUUCUCUGCAAGGUGCCAAGGUGUCGGAUCGAGAUACGAGCUUCUGACUGAAUUAUCAAGGAGAGAGAAAGACGCUGGGAUAUUCCCUGAGGCUGAAGUCGAUCUCUUCAUGAAGGCUACUGCAAUGGAAGGAAUGGAAAGCAGUCUUCAGACCGACUACACCCUCAGAAUACUAGGGCUUGAUAUAUGUAGAGACACCAUAGUCGGAGACGAGAUGCAGAGAGGGAUAUCAGGUGGCCAAAAGAAGCGGGUCACCACAGGGGAGAUGAUCGUGGGUCCCACCAAGACUCUGUUCAUGGACGAAAUAUCAACUGGUCUGGACAGCUCGACCACCUUCCAGAUAGUGAAGUGCCUACAACAGAUCGUGCAUCUGACUGAGGCAACCAUCUUCAUGUCACUCCUCCAACCUGCCCCGGAGACAUUCGAGCUCUUCGACGACAUCGUCCUCCUCUCUGAGGGCCAGAUAGUGUAUCAGGGCCCACGCGAGCAUAUCGUCGAAUUCUUUGAGAACUGUGGGUUCAGGUGUCCUGAGAGAAAAGGCGUUGCAGAUUUCUUGCAGGAGGUUACUUCAAGGAAGGAUCAGGAGCAGUAUUGGGUAGACAAGAGCACGCCCUAUCGUUACAUAUCAGUAUCUGAAUUCGCAGCCCAGUUCAAGAGAUUCCAUGUGGGAUUGCGUUUGGAGAACGAGCUUUCCAUCCCCUUCGACAGGAGCAAGAGCCACAAAGCUUCUCUCAUCUUCACCAAGUAUUCAGUAUCGAAAUGGGAACUUCUAAAGGCCAGCUUUGCCAAGGAAUGGCUUCUCAUCAAGAGGAAUUCUUUCGUCUACGUUUUCAAGACCGUUCAGAUCGUCAUAGUUGCAGUAGUCACAUCGACGGUGUUCCUAAGGACACGUCUCCACACGAGAACGGAAACUGAUGGGGCCCUCUACGUUGGAGCGGUGAUAUUUGCAAUUAUCAUAAACAUGUUCAAUGGGUUUGCGGAGCUAUCUCUGACGAUAAUGAGGCUUCCCGUCUUCUACAAGCAAAGGGAUCUUCAUUUCUACCCGGCUUGGGUUUUCACUCUCCCCAACUUCGUACUCAGGAUUCCCAUUUCCAUUUUGGAGGCUGUUGUUUGGAUGGUCACCACAUAUUACACCAUAGGAUUUGCACCAGAAGCUAGCAGGUUUUUCAAGCUACUGUUAGUGGUAUUUUUGGUGCAACAGAUGGCAGCUGGGCUCUUCAAGCUCAUUGCAGGAGUAUGCAGGACCAUGAUCAUAGCCAACACCGGCGGUGCACUAGCACUUUUACUCGUUUUCAUGCUCGGUGGCUUCAUCCUACCUCGAGAGGAAAUUCCCAAGUGGUGGAUAUGGGGUUAUUGGAUCUCUCCUCUCACCUACGCCUACAAUGCCGCUGCGGUUAACGAGAUGCUCGCUCCAAGGUGGAUGGAGAAAUUUGCAUCUGAUGGGGUAACGAGGUUAGGAUUGGCAGUGCUGAGGAACUUCAAUGUCUACCCUGAAAACUACUGGUUUUGGAUUGGAUCAGCUGCCCUUCUAGGGUUUGUCGUCCUUUUCAAUGUCCUCUUCACACUUGCACUCAUGUAUCUAAACCCCAUGGGAAAACGACAAGCUGUUAUAUCUGAAGAAGCAGCAAAUGAAAUGGAAGGCAACAAUGAAGAACCAAGGAUCAAAACAACAACAUCAAAAAGAGGUUCUAUGCGGCGGUCAUUAUCGUCUUCUGAUGGGAACAACACCAGAGAAAUGGCAAUCCGACGAAUGAGCAGUCGAGCUAUUGGGGGAUUUAGUAGAAACGAUUCGUCUAUUGAGGCUGCAGCUGGAGUAGCUCCAAAGAGAGGAAUGGUUCUUCCAUUCACUCCUCUAGCUAUGUCCUUUGAUGAAGUGAAUUACUACGUUGAUAUGCCUGCUGAAAUGAAAGAGCAAGGGGUGACUGAAGACAGGCUGCAAUUGCUUAGGGGAGUGACUGGUGCUUUCAGGCCUGGUGUCCUGACUGCACUCAUGGGAGUUAGUGGGGCUGGGAAAACGACACUCAUGGAUGUUCUUGCUGGACGAAAGACGGGAGGAUAUAUCGAAGGAGAUAUUAGAAUCUCGGGAUUCCCCAAGAACCAAGAGACCUUUGCUAGAAUUUCUGGUUAUUGUGAGCAAACUGACAUCCACUCUCCUCAAGUCACUGUGAGAGAAUCCUUGAUAUACUCUGCCUUCCUCCGCCUCCCUAUUGAGGUCAACAAUGAAGAAAAAAUGAUCUUUGUGGAUGAAGUGAUGGAACUGGUAGAGCUUGAUAACCUCAAGGAUGCGAUCGUGGGCCUCCCAGGGAUUACAGGGUUGUCGACUGAACAGAGGAAGCGCUUGACAAUAGCUGUGGAGCUGGUCGCUAACCCUUCGAUCAUAUUCAUGGAUGAACCAACGUCUGGACUGGAUGCAAGGGCAGCAGCCAUUGUUAUGAGGACUGUAAGGAACACUGUCGAUACUGGAAGGACAGUUGUCUGCACAAUCCAUCAGCCUAGCAUCGACAUUUUUGAAGCUUUCGAUGAGCUGCUGCUGAUGAAAAGAGGAGGGCAAGUAAUAUACUCGGGACCUUUGGGCCGGCAUUCUCACAAGGUCAUUGAAUACUUUGAGACGGUUCCAGGAGUCCCAAAAAUCAAAGAAAAGUACAACCCGGCAACAUGGAUGCUAGAAGCAAGCUCUGUUGCAGCUGAAGUCCGAUUGGAAAUUGACUUUGCUGAUUACUACCAGUCAUCUCCUUUGCAUCAGCGAAACAAGGCACUGGUUAAGGAGCUAGGCAGCCCAGCCCCCGGAGCGAAAGAUCUAUAUUUCCCUACACAGUACUCCCAAUCUUCAAUUGGGCAGUUCAAAUCAUGCCUUUGGAAGCAAUGGAUUACAUAUUGGAGAAGCCCUGAUUACAACCUGGUUAGAUACUUCUUCACGUUAGCCGCUUCACUAAUGGUUGGCACAAUCUUCUGGAGGGUUGGGACCAAAAGGGACAAUGCAAAUGAUCUAACCAUCAUCAUUGGAGCCAUGUACGCGGCUGUGCUCUUUGUUGGCAUCAAUAACUGCUCGACCGUCCAACCAAUUGUUGCCAUUGAGAGGACAGUGUUUUACAGAGAAAGAGCUGCAGGGAUGUACUCUGCAUUACCUUAUGCCCUUGCUCAGGUGAUCAUGGAAAUACCUUAUGUAUUCGUCCAGACCACAUACUAUACUCUCAUUGUAUAUGCCAUGGUCAGCUUCCAGUGGGCUGUGAAGAAGUUCUUCUGGUUCUUCUUUGUCAAUUUCUUCUCAUUCCUCUACUUCACUUACUAUGGUAUGAUGACCGUGUCGGUCACUCCAAACCACCAGGUCGCAGCUAUCUUUGCAGCCGCCUUCUAUUCGCUCUUCAAUCUCUUCUCUGGCUUCUUCAUACCUAGACCUAGAAUCCCAAAGUGGUGGGUCUGGUACUACUGGAUUUGCCCAGUAGCAUGGACCGUCUAUGGGCUGAUCGUGUCGCAGUACGGCGAUCUAGAUGAUGUAAUCGAGGUGCCUGGUCUGGGCAAGCAGACAAUCAAAUUCUAUGUAGAACACCACUUUGGCUACCAAAGCAAUUUCAUGGGGCCCGUCGCAGCGGUCUUGGUUUGUUUCUGCGUGUUCUUCGCCUUCAUGUUUGCAUACUGCAUCAAGGUCUUGAAUUUCCAAAAUAGGUAAGAGGGGAGAGAGAAGUGGAAGAGAUUAAAACAAGAUUUUUCAUGUUCAUGUAGUUAUUUAAACAGAUUUUGUAAAUAUAUGUAUUAAGGAAGCCAUUGAAAAUAUGGUGGCCAUUUAAUAUGAGAUUUGAACUUGUUGUAACAAAGCAAACAAUAGAUGGUGCAUGGGAAUAUGGUACAUGUAGUUGCACAUGAGGGGUCAUGGGUAAUG